GCCUACCAACAUGAAAAGGUUAAUCAACUUGUGUUGUCUUGAUCUUAGAGGAACAAGAUUGCGAAGAAUGCCACCGCAUAUGGGUAAUCUGAAGAAGCUCCGAACGUUGACUAAUUUCAGUUUGGGAAAAGAGAGCGGAUCGGGUAUUGAAGAGUUGGGAAAGCUUCAACAUAUACGGGGAGAUCUUAGCAUUGAGAAUCUACAAAAUGCUAAUCCUAAACAUGUUGGGGAAGCCAAUCUGAGGGCUAAGGAGCACCUUAAGACAUUGGAGUUCCAAUGGAGUGGUAAAAGCAAGGAUUCAGAACGCGCAAGAAGCGUACUCAAGGAGUUGAGGCCUCAUGAGAAGGUGGAAAAUCUUCGCAUAUUUGGUUAUGAGGGUGUCAAAUUUCCAGAGUGGGUAGGUUUCUUUCCAUCUUCAUUAUCAAAUUUAGUAUGCUUGAAGCUCAGUAACUGCUACAACUGCUCCACUUUGCCUCCGCUUGGACAGUUAACAUCUCUAAAGGAACUCUCAAUCAUAGGAUUUACAAAGCUCAUGUUUGUGGGUUCUGAGUUCUAUGGAAGCUGCGGUCCUGCAAUGAAGCCAUUUAGAUCCCUAGAAAUUCUGAGGUUUGAAAGGAUGAAACAGUGGGAGGAGUGGAAAGAUGGUGAUGGAGCCUUCCCUCAACUCGAAGAGCUUUAUGUUAAAGAGUGCCCCAAACUAACAAAGGCAUUUCCCAGUCACCUUCCUUGUUUAAAAAAGCUUCAAGUUGUGGGAUGUAAAAAGCAGCUUGUGGUUUCACUUCGAGUGCCUCAUGCCAUUCCUGAAGUGAUGUUAAUGGAUAAUUCUAUUGAAGUGGAGUUAAAGCAAUUGCCUUCUGGGAUGCAUUGCUUGAAACUUUAUGAAUCGGACUUGGUAAAUUCACUAUUCAAGUGGAAUGGUCUUCUCUCUUCUUUAGAAGAAAUCCAAUUGUAUGGUUGUGAUAUGGAGUACUUCCCGUUGGAGUUUUUCCCCAAUCUACAGAGAGUUGAAAUCUGUGAGUGUUCAUAUUUAAAAUCCCUCGGUGCAUCUCAGCAAAUUGAAGGAGAAAGCAGUUCCUGCCGUAACUUAGUAUCUUUUGGCAAAGGAGAAUCACCUGCCCCAAAAUUGACUAAGCUUUUCUUAGAAGAUUGCGUAAAUUUGAAGUCACUGCCUGAAUGUAUAGGCUCUCACCCUUCCCUUGUGAAAUUGGAAAUUAGAAGUUGUAGAGAACUAGAGUUAUUUCCAAAAGGGAGUUUGCCAUCCAAAUUAGAAUCUCUUAUCAUCGAAGAUUGUUUGGAACUCAAAAUCAAAGUCAUUGCUGGCGUUGGUAGUAAUUACGAAGGAGAUGCGGAAACGGUGCUGCUGCCCUCCACUCUCACCUGUCUUAAAAUCCAAAGACUUCGAAAUCUGGAAUCUCUCAACUACGAGGGGCUUAUAAACCUAAGAAAGUUAAUCAUCGGCUGCUUCCCUAACCUCCGGUCCGUGCCAGAACGCAUGCAAGUGCUCCUCCCUUCUCUUGUGGAAUUGGAAAUAUUUGAUUGUCCAAAACUGGAACCGUUCCUAAAAGGAGGUUUGCCCUCUCAAUUAAAGUCACUUUUUAUCUGUGGCUGCCAAGAAGCCAUUGCUGGGCUAGUGAAACGCGAUUUUCGGGCGCUACCAAACAAUGAAGUGGAAUCCAUACCAGAAGAGACGCUGUUGCCCUCCUCUCUUACCUAUCUUAAAAUCUGGAAUUUUGACAAUCUCAAGUAUCUAGAGCUUCACCACCUCACCUCUCUAAAAACAUUGAGAAUCAGGAAGUGCCCUAAUCUCCAGCGCACAGCAAAAGAUAAGCUAUCCUCUCUUUCUGAACUUAUGAUCGAUGAUUGUCCUCUGCUAAGUCAACAGUGCUAACGGAUGGUGGGGGAAGAUUGGCCCAACAUAUCUCACAUCCCUAAUAUAUAUAAUAGGGGAACAUGAUCAGGUUCUUCAUGAGAAAGCUGUACAUAAACAGUUUCAUCACUUUAACAAAGUACGAGUUAUGCUGAAUGUGAAUAAUGCUGGAAUGAUAUGUUUCCAUGAGUAUGAUCCUGAAGUGGCUGAUGACUGUCCUGGAUUUACAUUUAGAUCUAUCUAUAUCCACAGUUGUUAUCAUAAACCAAAAGAACGCAGAUAGUUUAGUGUGUAGAAGAAAAUGCCUACUGGAGCUUGCACGAGAGAUCCCUUCGUGUUUGUUAUUCAUUUUGGUUGCACAUCAUCAAAAGAUACCAUCAUAUAUUUACUUAUUGUAGAGUUUCUGUUUGCCUGGGAUUGAAAUUAUGCAACAUAAAUAAUUUUUUUGUCCCAUAUUUGAUCACUGGAUUAUUAUCAAUCCUU